CAAACCAUAUAAAUACUGAAAAGGUACUAACAUUCAAUCCAGUCCCAUAACCCUAAUUUGAGGACACAAUCUUCACUCAGGUUUUAGGGCUACGGAGGGACUGACGAAGAUGAAGAACAAAAAACGAAAGGGUAGUGUUGCGGCAGAGAGUGAUGAAGUUGUUGAAGAUUUGGGGCGUGUGAUCCAGAAGCAUACCCUUUUCUUUGACAAGUUGAUUGAGUUGAUUCCCGCCAAGUUUUAUCUGCCUACUGAUGAUAAGGAGAAGCCAUGGUUUCAGGGUCUCAGCAAGGUUGCAAAGGCUGAGGCGAAGAAAGAGACUAAGGAGAAUAUCAAGAAGUCUCGAAGGGACCGUUUGGAUCCCGACAAAUCCUCUGCGACUACCCUUGACUUUCUCAAGGAAAGUUUGGGAAAAGAAAAGGUGGAUGACAGUGAUGGAGUGCAUGAUCGGUCUGUGACUUAUGAAGAGCUUCGGCAAAGGCUUCAUCGCAAAUUUGAAGAGUUUCGGGCAGGUCGUAACCUUCUUUCACGUUCCAUGUUAACGCUCCCACAAUUGGAGUGACUCGUUCUCUUAACACGCUCUCUGCUGGUGGUGUUAGCAGUUGUUUCGGCAAUGGUUGAAUGGUGAAGAAAAGAAGAAGAAGAAGGUGGGAUUUGAGAGAAUGGUGGCAUGGUAGAGUGAGUUUCAGUUUCUUUUUUCGUAGUGUGACCUUGCAUCUUGGUCAAUAAUAUACAUCAUAUACUUUAUUUAAUUAUUUCUCUUCUCGCUA